AUGUCGCCAGAGAUCAACCAAGUUGAUGGUGGUGUUUGUGGAAAGAUGAUCGGCGCUGUCUUGCCAAGUUGCUGGUCGGGCCAUGCAAGCUCGGGCAGCGCAAGAGCCAGUAUGAGUUUGGGCCGGUGCGAAUACCGCGACUAUUCAUGCGCUAUGGCCUUGAAGCGUUACCGGUCAACGAAUCAAAGCUGCCUCGCGCCAGAGCCACCAGUCGCUACAGCCUACCAAGCACUGCCAGGGGAAGGAUUCUCUGUCUCUCGAUGA